GUGGAUUCUUCGUAGAAUUCCCACCUACAUUCUCUCGUCGUCUUUUUGUGUUCAUCUACUCUUUGUGUUCGCCGCCGGCAACCAUGGGAUCGAUGUUAUCGACGAUUUUAGGUGGAGAACAGCCUGGUAACGGAGACGAUUCAUCGUCGGAGGAAUCACGAGUCAUCCAAUUCCAUUCAUCUCAGCGUUGGCAGCUUCAUUUCAAUGAUUCGAAACAAUCGCCCAAACUCAUGGUGGUUGAUUUCUCUGCCACAUGGUGUGGUCCUUGCAAGAUGUUAGAGCCUUUCCUCCGAUCUCUAGCUUCCAAGUAUGAAGACGUCGAGUUCAUAAAGAUCGAUGUCGAUGAAUUGAAGGAUGUGGCACAACAAUUCAGUGUGAAUGCAAUGCCAACCCUGGUACUGUUAAAACAAGGGAAAGAGGUGGAAAGAAUUAUUGGUGCCAAAAAGGAUGAACUGGAGAAGAAGAUCCUCAAGCACAGGGAAGCUCCUAAAUUUGCUGCUUGAUUUCAUUUUGUAUCAUAUGUUUGUUGCAAAAACUCCAAACUGCUUGAUUUCAUUUUGUAUCAUAUGCUUGUUGCAAAAACUCGAAACUGUUUUUCGUAAUUGGGGAUUUGGAAUUACGCUUUGUAUGGAGUAACGAAGGGUGGUCUUUAGACAUCGGCGUUACUAUUUUCCUUUGGU